AUGGUCCUGGGUGAAAAAUUCCACGCCGAGUCGGGUCCCCAAUAUUGGGACAACGUCAUCCACUUCCCCCACCUCUAUGAUGGCAUCCAGAUUGUUUGCGAUCCAUUUUUCAAGAAAAGCGCCUAUCCGUCGGUGAAGUUCCGGGGAAGGAAUGAUUCUUAUGCUGAGGUGGAGAAAGCAAAACAAAUUGACGAUCAGGUCCUAGUGACCUCUAUCAGCAUGCUGCAAACGCGACGAUACUUUGAAUACCUGGGAAAACCAAUAUUCCGAGAACGCCUGAAAUUUUCCCCCUUUUUGAUGCAAGUUGGAAAAGAUAUGAUACCGUAUCCGUUUCACGCAAGUGAUCACAGACUCUGCGUCCACAUGCGGCUCAAGGAUUUCAAGAGGUCCAGGACCCUGAAAGCCUCGGAUCCGGCGUAUGCAGCUAAGGCCAUCAAGGAAAUUAUGAAAAGAGUACAUGUGAAGCCAUAUCGCCCCUACCUUCAAGUUGCCCACCCCAAAAAUUGCGCGCUGCAUAUGCCCUUGUCGCGAUACUCGAUAUUGGCCACAUUUUGUGGCGUCUUAUUAAUCUUUAGUUACUCUAUUUUUCUAUAUUCCGCAUCAACAUCUGAGCUGCGAUUUCGAAAUGUUUCGAAGAAAACGCGCCAGAUUCUGAGCAACGAUGAGCCGCUCGUUUUUAUUGGCGGUAUUCCGAGGAGCGGCACGACACUUCUGAGAGCCAUGCUCGAUGCGCAUGAGAAUUUGAGAUGUGGCGAAGAAACGAUCGUCGUUCCAUUUAUUCUUGGUGAUCGAGAGCGCUGGUCCAAAGGAAUGUUGAUAGGCACUCGCGUGACGGAUGAGGUUGUCGACGCGGCCGUGUCGGCAUUUAUUUCCGAGAUCAUCGCCAAGCACGGAGCCCCGGCCCAACGUUACUGUAAUAAGGACCCGUUUUCCGCGUGGCAUUACGAGUAUUUGGGGAAAUUAUACCCAAAUGCAAAGUUUUUGCUGGUAGUACGCGACCCUAGAGCCGUCGUGCAUUCGAUACUCUCCAGGCAACUGCCAGUUUCCGGCUUUAUCACGAGUGAUAUUGAGGGCUGUUUCCGGGUGUGGAACUCGCACAUGGAAAAGAUGAUCAAGCAGUGCAAGAGCGUUGGUGAUCGGUGUCUAUUGGUCCACUACGAGUCCCUCGUCCUGACGCCACGCGAGGAAAUGACGGAUAUACUGGAAUUCCUAGAAGAGCCGUUCUCCGAAAAAGUGCUUGAGCACGAGAAGCUGAUCGGCACGGAUAUACAAUUAAAUCCGCUCGAAUUCAGCACGGGCCAGGUGACCCAGCGGCUCUACCAAUCGGCACUCCAUCUCUGGAAGAACUACUUUUCCGAGUCCCUACUCCGGAAAGUUGGAGAGCUGGCGCCACUGAUGGAGGAAUUAGGCUACGUGCCCAGUGUACUCGACCCAGACUACGCGCAGUUCCGCAUCACCAAGCAA